AUGUCGUUCUCGAUCAUGGAGCUGCAAGACGACGUGUUGGGUGGCAGUCGCGCCUACGCCAUCGCGAGUCUGCUCGCAGCUGCACCGGCACUGUCCAUGACCCUCGGAUCGGCAGCUGUUGGCCUCGGUGUCCCGUCGGACGUUGUCCAGGCCCGGUUCCAGAACCUAUCGGCUGGGCUCCUGAUUGGCGCCUUGCUCGCAGAGAUCUACCCGAUGCUGCACCAUCGCCUCAUAGGUGACGAGAACGACAAGCAUCUGGCAGUGUCGAACUGCGUGUCCGCCUUUGUGGGCUUCGUGCUGGCCCUGGUGGUAAUGUACAGCCUCCAUUCCCUGGAGCAGUCGCGCAGUGCCGCUGAGGCGCCGCAGACAGAAGCCAAGGAGUUGGAGGAUGCAGAGGCUCCCGCUUCACCCCGCGCCGUGGUCCUGCAGCGCAUGGCCACGGCACAGAUCGCCAAGUUGCGCAGUGGGAGCUCGAAUCUGGACGUCGCCAUCAGCACGCUCAGCAAGAUGCAGAAGGGAGAGGGCGACAUCGAUAUCGAGAUGCUGGACGAGCAGCUGCACUCCAUCGACUUCGCCCUGGACUCCAUGCGCAGGACGUGCCAUGGCGUCGACCUCCUCACCGGAAUGGCCACCCAGGAGGCGCGGGCGAAGAUUGCAGACUUGGUGCAGGACGUCGAGGCGUUGCAAGCGAUGAGUCCGCGGAAGGUCAGCGUCAUGGACUCUCAGCUCCAGCGGGCGAGCGCCAGCCUGAAGCGGCUGCAUGCGCAAACAAACCCGGGAGCCUUCCGGCGAUGGGGACUGCAUCGGACCGCAACGCCUGGAUCACAGGUGAACCAGCUUAGUGACCAGGAUCGCUGCCGCCUACCCUGGGGUCUCAUCUUCGCCGUUGCCAUCGACGCAGCCGUGGAUGGUAUGCUCAUCGGCCUCUCCACGUCGACCUCUGUUGGCGCCGGGAUGCUGAUGGCUAUCGCCACGGUCAUCGAGAUGGGAUUUCUCGGCUACAGCUUCUCCUGCUCGCUCGUAUGCGAAGUGACGAAAUUCAAGUGGCGCGGCGGCGUUCUUGCGGGCUUGUUGGCACUGCCUCCCCUGUGCCUUCUGGCGUUUGGCGUGGGAGCUUUUGCCAUCGGCGAAGCACUUCAGAGCUGCUUCGUCUUUACGGGCCUCGUGAGCUUCGCUCUGGUUGCGGUGCUCUUCCUCGUGAUUCAGGAGCUCCUGUUAGAGGCAGCAGAGAAGAACGAGGAUGAGAACUGGAACGUGAGCAUCUUCAUCUAUGUCGGACUCUUCAUCAGCUUCGGACUGGAGGUGUUUCUGUGA